GAAGCAGCUGAUGUUUCUGCACAAAGUCUCGUUUGGGAAGUUCCGAAACGUGGCUUUUAUUCGCACUUUCCUCGUCGAACUCCCGUUGGUGCCGCACAAAGAACUUCCUGCAAUAAUGAAAGAUCAAUCAGUAAUGCGGGAAAACACAGUUGCCUCUGAAAUUCGCAAGUUUAACUUGCUACAGGAGCAGCGAGUUCAUACAUAUAGACUUUUUGAAGAGGGGCACAAGAUAUAUUUGAGUACGAGCCCAAACUACGACUUCCCCACUUUUCGGCAGCUGGUUCAUGAUAUCACACAAGAAUUCAAGAGAAUAUCAGCAGAUAUCAUAGCUAUUGAGAAGAACCUUAGAUCUAGUGGUAAUGCUGCUGUUGCAGAUACAAUUCUAGCAAUUCAAGAAUGUGAAAAGAAGAAGUUAGAGUUGACCGCACACCUGCAGCUUGCACGACAGAUGGUUACAGAGUGCAGUGAAGGUGAACUAGAAAAGAUGAAAGAAAAGGAAAUUAGAGCCGAGCUGGGACAUGUUGUAGAAGAAAUAAAUGACCAUUUAACUGAGCUACGAUAUGAAGUUUACAACGGGGAAUAAUGAUGUGUACUUCUAGAUUUUCUGUUUGAGUGCCAUACUAUAAGUAGGUUUUAUCUAGCUUAAAGCUCAAGAUGGAUUAUAUAGAAGUGAAAUACAUCUUCAGUAGUGGGAAUAGUAGCUUGCAUCAGCCAGAAUCAUUAUAAAUAUUAAUGCAAGGUUUAAAAGCAGAUGGGAAUUAUUUUGGUGAGCCUGCAAGCUUAUGGUGGAAGAUAGAAUGGAAAGUAAAAGAGAAUAUUAAUGGGUUAAGCAAAGUUUAAUAAAAUAAUAGAUCUGAUUGCACAGAACUGCAGUGAAUAAGUCUAUUCUUAUAAUCAAAAUUGUAAAUGAAGUCAAUUGAAAGUAUCAUUUUGAAAGUACUGCAGUUUAUAGAUAGAAAUCUGUAAUAACAUGUAUUUUUUUCCUGUAUUAGAUAUUUAUGUAUAUUUUAUGAUUAUUGUAAUUUUUCUAGAGAAUUCCAGUUUAUUUACAGUGAAUCUCGUGAUACACCAAUAAAUAUUAUAAUUAGUCAAUAAAUAUUAUAAUUAGUUGUUACAAAUUGAGAUCAUAAAAGUGCCUUUUAUACUGAAAUUAUCAAUCCAAGUGCC